UAUAGCCGCAAUAAACCACAACACUUCUCUUUUUGCUGGCUUUCUCGAAGCUUUAGUCUAAAAUUUACAUACUUAUUGAUUGAUACACAGAUUGGAAACUUGUGCAUUAAUCUUUCAUGAUGAACACACCUUGUAAUAUAUACUUAAGACUUUGGCCAAAAUUAAAUCUUAAAAUAUAUCGAAGAUGUCAGCAAUGGAUUUUAUUGAAUAAUCAAGUUUCACCGACGCUGCAUAAAAAGUGUGUUCUUGCAAGGUUCUAUAGUCAUGCUGUGAAUGGAAACUACACUCAUGAUUCUACAAUAUUUUCCCUAUCAUCUGGACAUGGAAAGUGUGGUGUGGCAGUUGUGAGGGUUUCAGGACCAGCGACAUGGUCAGUGUUGCAGAAUAUAGCACAGUUUAAGGAAAAGCCAGCCCCCAGACUUGCAUUGGUCAGGAAGCUGGUCAACCCAAAUACCAGGAUUGUGAUUGACAAAGGACUGGUUUUGUAUUUUCAAGGGCCUCAUAGUUUUACAGGUGAGGACAGUGCUGAGUUUCAGGUACAUGGAGGCCCUGCUGUUGUUGCUGCACUGCUUGGAGCUCUGCAUGGUGUGCCUGGAUGUCGGCAAGCCCUGCCAGGAGAGUUCACUAAGAGGGCUUUCCAAAAUGCAAAGUUGGAUUUGACAGAGGUGGAAGGCUUAGGGGAUCUAAUUCAUGCAGAGACAGAAGUUCAGAGAAGACAGGCUCUCAGACAGAUGGAAGGAGAUCUUGGUCACCUUUACCAGCAGUGGAGGACUGAUAUUAUCAAGAGUGUUGCUGAUCUAGAGGCCUUCAUUGACUUCAGUGAGGAUCAAGAUAUUGAAGAUGAAGUUGUACAACAAGUUCACGCGAGGGUAGGAAAGUUAAAUGAUGAGAUAGCGCGACACCUGGAUGACAAGCGACAGGGAGAAAGGCUGAGAGAGGGCGUCCAUGUGGCUAUUAUAGGAGAACCAAAUGUCGGCAAGAGUAGUCUACUGAAUGCAAUAUGCCAGCGUCCCGCUGCCAUAGUAAAUGAUGUAGCAGGCACCACUCGUGACGUCAUCGAGACGCACGUGAGUUUAGGGGGAUACCCUGUUCUGCUGAGCGACACUGCAGGGCUUCGCGAAACAGAGGAUAAGGUGGAGAAAGAGGGCGUACGAAGGGCUUUACAAAGAGCUCAGCAGGCUGACGUUAAGGUCCUUGUAUUCGACAUUUCCAGACUACAAGGACAAAGGGAACCGCUCAGAAAUAUGUACCAAUUUAUACAACAUGAAAUAGAGACCCUGGGAUUAAAUGAUUUCAAUAAGGAAGAACAUCCGGAUAAUGUUUUUGAUGUAAGAACAAAAUCUAAAAAGAAUGAGAGGGUCUCGUAUUCCUCAUCAUUUCUUAAAGAUUAUAUCAUUGUUUUUAACAAAUUGGACAUUGUAGAAGAAAUAAAUAUUCAGAACAUAAUUGGCCAAAGUAAAGAACGAUCCGUCCAAACGAAUACUGUGGAAGCUGACGAACAGCAUGGUAACGGAGUACCCAUAGUAACAGAGGGCGAUUUAACGACCUACUGUAUCUCCUGCACUUCAGGGAAGGGAAUGGACGCGCUGGUCACGGCACUAACACGGAAAGUGGAACAAAUGUGCGGAAACCCCCUAUCUGGUCACCCGAGUCUGACGCAGGCCCGCCACAGGGCACAUCUGACGGCUUGUGUGGCUCACCUAGAUCACUUUCGGUCUGGGCGCCCCGGGGGAGACAUCGUCCUCCAGUCAGAGUCCCUCAGACGCGCGCUUAGAGAGAUUGGCAAGCUGACGGGGAGAAUUACAACUGAAGAUAUAUUGGAUGUGAUUUUUCAUGAUUUUUGUAUUGGGAAAUAAAAAUCAUGAUUUUAGUA